CUUCCUGCCCCUCCCCUCGCCCGCCUCCCUCCCGGCUCCCGGAGCUCCGGCGGCAGCCGAGGCGGUGGAAGCGGUGUCGAUGGCGGUGGAGUAGCCGGAGCGACAGCGCGGCGGCUGAAGGGGAGCGAGUCCUUGCACCGCCCCCUCGGGGGCCGUCGGCUAGACCAGGUAAAUAGAAUCACAUAAUAUUGCAGCCAUGGAGUCCAUGCUGAAUAAGUUGAAGAGUACUGUUACAAAAGUAACAGCUGAUGUCACCAGUGCGGUAAUGGGAAAUCCUGUCACCAGGGAAUUUGAUGUUGGUCGGCACAUUGCCAGUGGUGGCAAUGGGCUAGCAUGGAAGAUUUUUAAUGGCACAAAAAAGUCAACUAAACAGGAAGUGGCUGUUUUCGUCUUUGAUAAAAAGCAGAUUGACAAAUAUCAAAAAUUUGAAAAAGAUCAGAUCAUUGAUUCUCUGAAACGAGGAGUCCAACAGUUAACCCGGCUUCGACACCCUCGACUUCUUACUGUCCAGCAUCCUUUAGAAGAAUCCAGAGACUGCCUGGCCUUUUGUACAGAACCAGUAUGUGCAAGUUUAGCCAAUGUUCUUGGGAACUGGGAAAAUUUGCCUUCCACGGGGUCCCCUGAUAUUAAGGAUUAUAAACUUUAUGAUGUAGAAACAAAAUAUGGGUUGCUUCAGGUUUCUGAAGGAUUGUCAUUUUUACAUAGCAGUGUGAAAAUGGUUCAUGGAAACCUUACUCCAGAAAAUAUAAUAUUGAAUAAAACGGGAGCUUGGAAAAUAAUGGGCUUUGAUUUUUGUAUACCAUCAACAAAUCCUUCUGAACAAGAGCCCAAGUUUCCUUGUAAAGAGUGGGAUCCAAAUUUACCUUCUUUAUGCCUACCAAAUCCUGAAUACCUCGCUCCUGAAUACAUACUUUCUGUGAGCUGUGAGACAGCAAGUGAUAUGUACUCCUUAGGAGCUGUUGUUUAUGCUGUAUUUAAUAAAGGCAAACCUAUCUUUGAAGUCAACAAGCAAGAUAUAUAUAAGAGCUUCAGUAGGCAGCUGGAUCAGCUGAGUCGUCUGGGAUCCAGUUCUCUUCAGAACAUACCUGAAGAAGUCCGGGAACAUGUGAAAUUACUUUUAAAUGUAACUCCAACUGUCAGGCCAGAUGCAGAUCAAAUGACAAAGAUUCCCUUCUUUGAUGAUGUUGGUGCAGUCACGCUACAAUAUUUUGAUUCAUUAUUCCAAAGAGAUAAUCUUCAGAAAUCACAGUUUUUCAAAGGACUCCCGAAGGUUUUGCCCAAACUACCCAAGCGUGUGAUAGUACAAAGAAUUUUGCCUUGCUUAACCUCAGAGUUUGUAAACCCUGAUAUGGUACCUUUCGUUUUGCCCAAUGUUCUACUAAUUGCUGAGGAAUGUACCAAAGAAGAAUAUGUGAAGUUAAUUCUGCCAGAACUCAGCCCCGUCUUUAAGCAGCAGGAGCCUAUCCAGGCCAGCAACAUGAUUUUGUUAAUUUUCUUGCAAAAAAUGGAUUUGCUGCUAACCAAAACACCUCCAGAUGAAAUAAAGAACAGUGUGCUGCCAAUGGUUUAUAGAGCCUUAGAAGCUCCUUCAAUUCAAAUCCAGGAACUUUGCCUGAACAUCAUUCCAACCUUUGCAAACCUCAUAGACUAUCCGUCCAUGAAAAAUUCUUUGAUACCAAGAAUUAAAAAUGCAUGUUUACAAACAUCUUCCCUUGCUGUUCGUGUAAAUUCAUUAGUGUGCUUAGGAAAGAUUUUGGAAUACAUGGAUAAGUGGUUUGUACUUGAUGACAUUCUACCCUUUCUACAACAAAUUCCAUCCAAGGAACCUGCGGUCCUCAUGGGAAUUUUAGGUAUUUACAAGUGUACUUUUACUCAUAAGAAGUUGGGAAUCACCAAGGAGCAGCUUGCUGGGAAAGUGUUGCCUCAUCUGAUUCCUUUGAGUAUUGAAAAUAAUCUUAAUUUCAAUCAGUUCAAUUCUUUUAUUUCGGUCAUCAAAGAAAUGCUUCAUAGAUUGGAAAUGGAACAUAAAACCAAACUGGAGCAACUCCACAUAAUGCAAGAACAGCAGAAAUCUUUGGAUAUCACCAAUCAAAUGAAUGCAUCUGAAGAGACCAAAAUUCCUAAUGCUGGUAGUCAGAUUGACAAGGUCUUUAACAAUAUUGGAGCAGAUCUUUUAACUGGUGGUGGAUCAGACAGUAAAGAGAAUGGGGUGCAGAAUACACAGAAAAGAGCAUCACUGACACUUGAAGAGAAGCAAAAGUUAGCAAAGGAACAGGAACAGGCCCAGAAGCUGAAAAGUCAGCAGCCGCUGAAGCCCCAGACCCAUACCCCCGUGGUGCCCAUCAAACAGACUAAGGACUUGACAGAAACUUUGAUGGAUAACAUGUCGUCUUUGACCAGCCUUUCUGUUAGCACUCCCCAAAUUUCAGCUUCCACCAGCUUCUCUUCAGUCCCAUCCAUGGGGAUGGGCAUGGCUUUUUCCAAUACAGUUGAUAAUACAAAGAGAAGUUUGACAAAUGGCCUAAAUGCCAGCAUGGGCUUUCCGACAUCAGCGUUCAGCCUGCCAGCCAGUGCAAACCAGCAUCUCUUCAGCGGCCCAGGCACGCCAGCAGCGGCCCACAUGACUCUGGGGACGCCCUCUGGUUUACCGAACCUGCAUACUCGGAGGGCUUCUGCUGGAAUGUCGCAGCAGACGCCUCACAGACCCACUGAUAUGUCUGCUCUGGACAGUCUGUUUGGGCCUCAGAAACCCAAAGUCAGCAUGAACCAGUUGUCUCAACAGAAACCAAACCAGUGGCUUAAUCAGUUUGCACCUGCUCAAGUGUCUCCUGGGACGGGCAGCUCAGUGAUGGGCACACAGCUGAGCAUGGCAGGACAGCCUGCCUUUGGCUUGCAGGGCAACCCUUUCUUUAACCCACAGAACUUUGCACAGCCAACCAAUAUGACUAGCAGCAGCUCAGCUAGCAAUGAUUUAAAAGAUCUUUUUGGGUAAGGCAUCUCAUGUUCCUUUUGAAGAAUUGAUUGCAUUUUAAUCAUGGGGAAGCUGAUUUCCAUCUUGGUAUGUUUGAUUGAAUAUCUGGCUUGGAGGAACUUUCCCUGCAGGAAGGAGUCUGAGAGAUUUGGUGGAGGAAAACAAAGGCGUCCACGUCAGCAUUGUAGUGAUGUAGAAUCCUGUCAUUUGUACACAUUGAAUGCAGUUUGAUUUGUUCCCUCCUGCCUUCUCCCAUGUCCUCCCCCCCCUCCUCAGUGAUCUGAAGGCAUGGCCCUGAACCAGGCUGUUCAGAGGCGAACACAUUGGUGUCAGUGGCUUGUCUCUCCCUGCGUAACUUGGUAUGACAAAUCAGGGACAAAAAGGAGUCGAUGGCAUUUGCAGGUUUUAGCUGCCCAAUGCCGCCAGGGUCCUUAUGCCACAGCUUUUAAGUCUUCAUUUUAAUUUGUUUUUAAUCCACUUGCUUGAAUUGAUUCCUGAAUUGGUGUUUCUCUAAGUAAAGCAAACUGUAAGCAUAUAGAAAGGAUCAGGUCGUUUGGUUUUCUCAAUCCUUAAACAUUUGUUGUUUUCUAGACAGUUCUCACAAAUAUUGCAAAAUUUCACCCAUCUUGCUUCUCAUUGGUUCAAACUGUAAAAGCUUCAUAAAUCAUCAUAAGUGCAAGACGAAUCAUUGUAAAACCUGGUUGAGCAUGGUCUGCCUCAUGGCAUAGUGGGUUUUGUUCCUGGGUUCCCCAGGAGUGUGUGGGAUUAUUUGACUCUUUCUUCCUGUGCCCAAUGGAGCAGAGGAGCCCAGUUGGUUGGGCGCAAUCAGUUGGCACAGUUUUCUGUUGCAGGGCAUUGCCCUGUCUCUUCUGGCCUUCUUAUUAUGUUUGAAUUGAAACUUGUGAGGUUGCAUUUUCCAAGGCAGAUUUGUAAGAAUCCAAGUGUAUUUGGUGAAUAAACUUUUAAAGUUUAUGCUGUAUUGCUCCAAAUGUAAUAAACGUUACUUCUCCAAAAAUGAGCAGUCGUAUCUUCUGCUUGCCAACAGUGAUGCUCAGCUUGCCCAUGGUACAGUCUGACCUCUUCUCCGUUAAUGCCACUGAAUAUUAAUUGUUCCUUUCCUAAGAAUUUCAGGAAGCUUUAUUCUAGCAUUUUGAAGUUCAGAGUUGACCAUUUGGUGGAAGGAAACAAUUCUUUAACAUUUUUAUAGAAAACCUACAUGCUUUAUUUUUUAAAGCUUUUCACUGAUGACAUUGUUCUUUCAUUUGCUGCUUUGAAAAACAAAAAAAAACCACAGGGCCUUACACUGUAAAUGUGAUUUGUAUUUUGUUAAAUUAUAUUUCCACAGUUAAUGCAGUGAUAAAUUUAAACACAUCUUUCAAAGAAUGUGUGUGUGUGUGUGUGUGUGUGUGUGUAUGUGUAUGUGUGUUAUGAUUACUGCCUUCAUAAUUUUAUUUUGAAUUAUCUGGGACCAGCAAUGGUUUUAAAUAAACCAUGUGAAGUUCUGUGUGCUAUUGAUAUUCUUUGUAGGUGUCCUGGCUUAUACUGAAUUUGAUUAUAAAAUGUGAUUGAAUGAUUAAAAAAACAUUCUUGCUGCCAACAUAUGAUAUGAGGGGACUUUUUGAAAAAAUAAAUCAACUUUCACAUCUGAUUUCUGCAUGAGCUGUACUUUAUUAUCUGUCAUCUUAGAAAUUACUUAUAUGAGGAGCUACUUGUGAUAUUUUGCUUCAGGAAUGAGAAACAUCAAUAAGGAAGUCAUUUUGCUAUAGAAAAGUAUAUUUGUGAUAUGAUUGCAUUCUCAUAAGUGUGUUUUUAUAACAAUGGGGGGGUUUGUCUUGCUUGGAAAUGUCAUGCAUGGAAUGAAUGUUUGAAAUUUAUUUUCUUCGUGAUACUUGAAGUAAUCACUGUUUAGUAGAGGCAUUUUCUACUUAAUGUAGAGGUGUGUUCUCCUCAGGAGAAGCCACAGGAAAGCCAGAGUUUUUCCUAGGCGGUUUGGAGGGUAGGAGAUUGGGAAUGGUCACAAGCAAUUCAUGAAUAUCAUCUGCGGAGCCUCCCAGAGGAUGGUAAUCAUUUUUGGUGGAAGAUUAGUACCCAGCUUGGUGAAAUAAGGGAUCUUUUGCAGUAUUAUUUCCAAUCACUUGUUUCUAAUCGGAAAUUAAUUUUUCAAACUUUUGGAAACAUAAUUGAGUUGUAUUCCAUCACUUUUUAAAAAGACACCCUCCAUUCAUUUCACGCACACCAUAGAAUUUUACUUCGGUAUAUUAGUUGCUUUAAGUGUCACUGCUCUGCUCCACCAAGAAAUUAUUUUGGGAAAAAAAUUGUUAGGAUAAGUUAAGUUUUAAGAGGGAUUGGGAACUCUGUGAACAGGUACAUAAAAAAAAAAUCACAUGGUCUACAAGAUUAUUUUUUGUCUCUUUGAAUUGGAACCCUACUGUUUAGAAUAGACCUUCAAAAUUCAAGAAGGAAUUUGUAAUGUGAUAAACAGUUGUGCCUACCAAGUUUAUGCUUUUCUCCAGGGAACAGAGCAGAGUUGUGUGCACCAUUCCACAAGGAGAAACAACUGGACUUUUAUUUUCCUUUUCUCACAUUGGGUUUCUUUCCUGGAGCUUAAGUGAACCAAACUCACUGAUAAAUGUCUACUUCAUGGCAUUGAUGGAAAUCUCAAAUGUGAUACAAUGUGUAAAACGCUUUGCCUUUGAAUCAGAAUACUUGUCGUGUUUAAUGUUGUGUUUUUUUUGUUACAUUUCUUACAGACUUAUGAGAACAAACUUCUUAUCAGAAGCAAAUUUGUAAGAAUGUUAAAAUCAGAAUUUUCGAGAUGGAAGGGACCUGAGAGACCAUCAGGUGUCCUUUUUUGUUUUGUUAAUUAAACUUUCUUUUUCCUCUCCCCGCCCAACCCCCCCCCCCACUGCCCAGGAAAAAAAUUAAAAGGAAAAACAAAACUCUUGUAAUAAAUAUGUAUAACAGUGCCACAUUGGCCGUGUCCAUGGUGUGUGUCUCAUUUUACAUAUAUGAUCCAUCACCUCUUUGCCAGGAGGAAGGUACACGAUUGCACAUGGCAUGGAUCAAUGUUCUUAAGUCCUUCAAAGUCAUGUUAUUGAUGGUUUAAAUUCUGAUUGAGCGUGUCUCAUUUUAUUCUGCAUCAGUUCAUACAAGUGUUCCCCCGUUUCUGUGAAACCGACCCCUUCAUGAUUGCUUACAGCACUGUGAUGAUGGUGAUGACAAUAAUAGCAGUUAUGUAGCACUUACUGUGUUCAGAAGUGUUUCCUUACAUGAAUAUACCACACUUUGUUUAGCUGUUCCCCAGUUAAUAGGCCUCUCCCCUUCGUCUCCCUGCCCUCAAUCCUCUGUAGUUUUCAGUUCUUCAUUGUACAGAGGAGGCUGCUGGGACCCAGGAAAAUAAAUGGACUUUCCCAAGA